AUCGAUACUUUCGAUAGGGCAACCAGAAGAAAUAAAGAAAAUAAAUAAAACAGCCGCAACAUGUCAAUAAUAUUGAGACGGAACCUGCGGGCGUCUUGGAUGCUGAAGCAGGCCUGCUACAGCUCCAACGCAGAAUCGGGGGCAGUGGUCAAAACAAUACCCAAGAAUCUGCUCGAGGACAAGCAAACGGCCGUUCUGCAAAAGGAGAACGGAGCAAUCUUCGACAAGCGACCCUUCAAGAUACACCUGGAUAAAGAUAAAACCUACAGCUGGUGCCUGUGCGGCAAGUCAAAGUCUCAGCCCCUUUGCGAUGGCAUGCACAAAAACGAGUUUCUCAAGAUUAAGCAAAGGCCCAUCCGCUUCAAGGUGGAAAAAUCAGGAGAUUACUGGCUGUGCAACUGCAAACAGACCACCCAUAGACCCUUCUGCGACGGCACCCAUAAGCAACCUCACAUCCAAACAGCCGUGAAAUAGUUUAAGCUUUCGUUGAUGUACUCGUGGAUGAAAAUGAGAAAUGCAUUAAUUUUGAAUCAA